AUGGCGAGUGGUCCCAUCAUCUGGUCCGAGACACGACAGGAAUUAUGCGAGAGCCUCCCUUACUAUCGAGCCUACCAGACCGGAUCCUACGUCACGGGAAACCUGGGCCGGCCCCCUUCCACCUCCGAAAAACAGCUUGGCCGCAACAUCACCAUUCUCAAAGACACAAUUCCUUACGGAUACCUUUUGGCGGGCUGGCCAUCACGGCGCGACGUAUGGGUGCACAACGGCAAAGUCAUCAUCUCCCACGGAGGCGGUAAAAGCGAAGUGGAUGAAGUCCAAACUAGAUCGACUGCCUCCGCCAAGGCAUCUCUCAAGCAAGACCAGUCAGCAAGCGACAACAUCAUUCGUUCCCUCUUGCACUCCUCGAGGCAUCAACUGCCUAUUGUCCUCAUUGCAGCCGACUCGUAUGUGCUGCUUCCUUUCAAGCUGGCGUGCUCGUAUGCUGUUCUGGGCUGGUACAUUAUCACCGACUGCUGGGCCGAACGCGAGAGCAUGAGCAGUGAACAUGGAUUCGUAAGGUGGAAAUUUCGUUUCGAGUGGAUCCUGGCUCAGGGUCAGCCUUGGUGGGAGCUGUCUGCCGCAUCUCAUGGCAGAGACUGGGAUCCACGCCAACGCAUUGAAACCUUCACAAAAGCUCAGCGGAAGCUCGUCAAGCAGAUGGGAGCAAGGGACGGGAACGGACCCGCUGACUCGGCCUCGAAAGUAUCACGAUCUUACUCGCCUUCGCCACUGCCGGACUCAUGGCCAUUGAAAGAAGUGGAUCGAGACAAAACACAACGACUCCUCUUCGGACCUAUCGACAUCAAAGCCAAGCUCAUUUCCACCGUCACCGCAACACUCGGUGUCGAAGCCCCGUGCAACAAGUCCAACGCAGCGACUUGCCUUCGUUGCAGAUCACCCAGUCCCAUGGUGUUUGACAUCGGCUGGAUGUGUCUACAACCCGAAUGCUCGUCGUUCUUUCUCCUGCCCUGCGGCGAUCAUCCGAGCGAAGAUACUCUAAGAUUCAGCGCCGCCUUCGUCCAACCGCAAGGCGACUCUCUCAACGACGCUUUCCCGAGCGGAAACCCGCCGUUCCCUCUCAUCCCCACCCGACCUUCCUCUCGCUCCAUGGACCAAGCACGCGGACUUUGGUGUCGCAGGUGUGGUCGUCUCAGUUGCCGUGAAGUAAUCUUCCAACCGCGAUGCACGCACUGCGGACACAAAAUCGGUAAAUGGAGACCUCUGCCCUCGGUUGAGCCGCCUGUGCUGGCUCGACGACCCUUUGACUUCCCCUCGUCGGGACCUGACAGCUUCAGACUGGCUAUUUUCGAUCCCGUAAUCAGUGCGAGUUCGGGGAUUUCGUUGGGUAUGCGUAAGGAGGACGGGCUGGUGAUGUACACGUUCGAGUUUCCGGCGAUGUUUGGCGAUUGCCGGGUGCAUCUCGUUCAGGCGGACGUUGGUGGGGGUGGGCAGGAGGCAUGGGCUGAUCGAAUCUUUGCGGCUUUUCAGAGACAUGCGUGGCCUGUUGAUAGAGGAGAAAAUGAAGAAGGAUUGGAGAUCGGUGAAGCGAAUAUGAUGACACCGGCAACCGAAGAGGGGCAAGAAAUGGCACGACAAGCGCAGCGUGUCAAGACGGAGCCAGUCUUUCCGCCCCCCGCAUCUGCAGCUGACGUGCGAAAUGCUGAUGCAGGUCAUGAUAGCAUCGUAACGAAUGGCCAACAGCGUCUCAAAGCAAUCCCAUUCCGCCGACACCCCUUGAACAAGCACGCCGGUGGAUCAGGCCGGAUGCUCACACAGCAGUUCACAUGCAAUUACGGCGUCUCUUACAAACAUGUCGUUGCGAUGGGCACCGAACCUCUCGACUCGGCCUCCCCCUCCUGCAUCCUCUCCACCCUCUCACUCCUCCACGUCCGUACGCGCUGCGUCGUCCCGGACUCGCACACGUUCAACGAGCUCUACCCUGUGCUGUACCUCGACCAUCAGAAAAUGGGGUUUCACGACGACGGAGAACCGGGCCUGGGUCCCGUCGUCUCGUCCCUCUCGUUGGGCUCGACGUGCAGGAUGAAAUUCAGGCUUAAAGCGAAGCAUCAGUCCAGUUUCCAACAGGUACAGGCCAGAGAUCGGACCGUGCUAGAUCUGCCCCUCAGGCACGGCUCGGUGGUGGUCCAGGAGGGUCAUGAUCUGCAACAAUUCUUCGAACAUUCCGUGAGCCCAGAUGGGUUCAGGAUCGCUGUCACCGCCAGAAGGAUCGACCCGAGCGAGAACAACAAGCCGUGUGACAGAAAGAGAAAAAGGUGA